AGCUCGAGCAGGCCUGGCGCGCGCGCGCGCCGCUCGCUCGGGCACCCAUGAAGGGGGUGUGGUUCCGGAAGUGUCUCCGGCUGCAUGACAACGCUGCGCUGGCGCACGCGGCGGCGGCCGCAGAGGCCGACGGCGAACUGGUGGUCCCUUUCUUUGUCUUGGACCCGCAUUUCGACCGCUCGAGGGUGGGCAUCAACCGGUUCCAGUUCCUCCUGGAGAGCCUGAAAUGCCUGGACACUCGGCUCCGCAGCGAGCACCGCAGCCGGCUCCUGGUCUUCAGGGGCGCUCCUGAGGCCGUGCUGCAGCGGCUCUUCGAGGGCGAUGGCCGGUUCAAGCUGGGCUCCCUCUUCUGGGAGCGCGAUACGGAGCCCUACGCGCGUGAACGCGACGCCCGUGUGGAGGCUCUGGCCAAGCAGGCUGGCGUGCACACAGCGCACUUCUCCGGGCACACCCUUCUGGACAUAGACUCCGUCGUCGCCGCGCAAGGCUUCAAGCCGCCCAUCUCCAUGUCGGGCGUCCAGGCGAUGGUAGCAGCAGCGGGCCCGGUCAAGGAGCCCCUGCCGGUGCCACGACUUCCUCCGCUGCCUGCCGACGGGCUCGAGGUCCCCGACAUCUCGGAGCUCUACGCAGACGCGCCCACCAGCCGCUGCUUCCCGGGCGGCGAGCGGCACGCCCUGGCCCGGCUCAGGGCCGUCUGCGCAGACGCGGGCUACGUGUGCGGGUUCGAGAAGCCGAAGACCGCCUCCACGGGGCGGCCGGGCAAGCCGUGGGAGCCCUCGACCACGGGGCUCUCCCCGUACCUCAAGUUCGGCUGCCUCUCCCCGCGAACGGCGUGGCAUGAGGUCGCGCGGUGCCAGCGCGGGCGCGCGCACUCCAAGCCGCCGCAGUCCCUGCACGGCCAGCUGCUCUUCCGGGAGAUGUUCUACGUGUUAGGCGCUUGCGUGCCCAACUUCGACAAGCAGGACGGCAACAGGAUGUGCAAGGAGAUCCCUUGGGGCGAGAAUCCCGAGAUGCUCACGGCAUGGGCAGAAGGCCGAACGGGGUAUCCCUUCAUCGACGCCUUGAUGCGACAGCUGCGCGAGACAGGCUGGAUGCAUCACCUGGGCCGUCACGCCGUGGCUUGCUUUUUGACACGGGGCGAUCUGUGGCAGAGCUGGACGGUGGGCCGCGACCAUUUCGACAAGAUGCUUCUGGACGCCGACUGGGCGGUCAACAACGGCAACUGGCUUUGGCUCGCUGGCGUCGCGCCCUUUUCCGCCCCGUACUUCCGUAUCUACGACCCGUGCCCGGGUGAGCGAUCGAGCCUGAAUGCCGAGCAGACGGGUGAAUUUGUGCGGCACUUCGUCCCCGAGCUGAAGGACAUGCCAGCACGUUACAUCUACAAGCCGUGGACUGCUCCCGCUGCGGUGCAGAAGAGCGCUGGGUGCGUGAUCGGCCGCGACUAUCCGGCGCCGAUCGUAGACCACAAGGCAGCGAGGGAGGCCAACCUCGCCAGGUUCAAGGCUGCGCUGGAGGGCUCGAAGUCCGGGCACAUGCCAGAGAAGUUUGGGGCGGCGGAGCGCGACCCCGGGCCGAUGCAGAGCGCGUUCGCGCGGCCGCUGGCGCCGCCGUCCGCGGCGGCGGGCGGGCGCGGCGGGGAGCGCCCCUCCGGGGGCGCCAAAGGCCGCGGCAAGCGCCCAGAGCCCCACGCGGGCGCCGGGCAGGCGGAGGGCGGCGGCGCCGCAGGCGGGGACGCUGCCAGUCAGGGGCCGCCCGGCAAGGGCAGGCGGCGCUGGGGCCCUGCGAGCGCGGCGGGCUCCGGGAAGAUCUGGCAGGCGCUCGGCGCCGGCGCCGCUGGCGCCGCUGGCGCCAGCGCAGCGGCGGCGGCGGAGGUCGGCCGUGCCGCCGGCGGCUAGGCAGGCGUCGGCAGCUGCAGCAGUGGCGGGUAGCCCAGUGGGGGGCACGCUGCAGGUGCUCAGGGGCUCCGAUCGCCCACGCGCUUACACCUUCGACGAGGCUUCCCGGCGACGGCGGAUGCGAGAGUGCCCAGAAAUCCGGCGUCUCGAGAUAAUCGAGUCGAAGGGUUCUCAUAGGUUUCGGCCGCCCAGGGCCCUUACCAGGCCCCGAGACCGUCAGAAAACGACUCGGGAAGAAGGCUGGUCCUGGGGAAGUGGUCGAGAGGUCGGCGUGUGGGUGUGAGUGUAACUGUAUCUGUGUGUUUUUCAUCCCGUGCUGGUUUCGCAAACGGGGUGCGGCGCCCAGCCUCGGAGGCAUUCUCGGUGUGGGCCGCAGGAGCGCUUCUGGUUUCAUUGCCGAGGGCGUGUGCCGUCGUAUGAUCAUCGCCCUCUUUCCAUGGUACACGGUGGUUUGCUCGUGUGGUCUUCCACAGCUGCAGGGCAGCAUUUUUCUACUCGCUGGGGGCGGCUGCAGCGUGCGCUGCAUCAGUUUUCUUUGGGUCGCCAAAAGGCGCUGCACGUCCAGCAUGGUUCUUAGUCGUGAUGUUUUAGCGUUUGGGUUUCCGCCGCUCCUCCGUGUGUUUGCGAGUCGUGCUCCUACAGUGUACGCUCUCGUGCGCACGCUCCAAGAAACAAUUGCAACUGACCGCAGCCACAGCCAUGACGCUGUAGCCAGG